AUCAGGCAGGCCUGGGAAGCUUCUCCUGAAAACUGGAUUCUCUUGUUUGAAGAAAGGAGUAACUGCCCAUCUUUGAAGAAACUAUAAACCUGUAUUUCCAUGCACUGUGACCUUUUUUUUUUUCCUUUGCUUUUAUUGUAAAUGCUAGUUUUAAUGGAUGUUUCUUACUUUUUUUUUUCCUUCCCUUUGGAAGACAAGGAAUUAGUCUAGAUGCAGUAAAUUGGAAGAAAUGGAAGAAAGGAAAAUUAAGAGGAGGAGCCCCAAGUCAUCUACCAGUCACCCUGCUCAGGUUACUAACUCCAAGAAAAACUCAGUUCCAGUCAGUAAAAGUACAGCCUUUUCAAAUCCUGCACCACAGCCUGCAGUACAAAAGCCAAAGUUAAAACGUGUAAUAAAAGAGAAAGCCAAACCUCCAGGAGGUGAAGCAAAAGGGGCACAGGCAGCACCAAUCCAGCAUUCUUUUCUCACAGAUGUAUCAGAUGUCCAGGAAAUGGAAAGGGGACUUCUGAGUCUCCUGAAUGACUUCCACUCUGGCAAACUUCAAGCAUUUGGAAAUGAAUGUUCUAUAGAGCAGAUGGAGCAUGUGCGGAGUAUGCAGGAGAAACUCGCUCGUCUCAAUCUGGAGCUCUAUGGGGAGCUGGAAGAACUCCCUGAAGAUAAAAGAAAACUAGCCAGUGACUCCAACCUGGACAGGCUGCUAUCAGAUCUAGAAGAACUGAAUUCAUCUAUCCAAAAAUUACAUUUAGCGGAUGCUCAAGAUAUUCCAAAUAGCACCACAGGCUGAAAGAACAGCUUUGUCACUUUGGAUUCUCCGAGAAGCUUUUCUUUUUCCUGACAGUGGAAUCUGGAACAGUUGUUCAUUUUUUUUUUUGGUUUUGAGUCGUUUUUAUUUUUAAUUUUACACAAUGAAGAAUCAAAGUGCAAAUCCAGGUGUUUAUUUUUUCACAUUCCGCUUUGAGCACUGCAUUAUGUCAGGACUCAGUAUCUAGAGUUUUAAGUAGGUGGUUGUGAUGCUAUGCUUUUUAUUAUUGCCUUAUUUAACAGAAAAAUUGGGGAAACUUGAAAGUACAUUUCUUCUGCUCAGUGUUGUUCAUAUGGUUGAAAACUAUAUAUGUAUAUAAGUUCAUUAGCGUUUCUCCAAUUUUUAUGAAAGUAGCAAUGAUGUUGCCUUUCUGCUCAGCCUGUAGACAAUCUGCACACUAUAUCUGUAGUGUUUUUAUUGAUCAGUGAUGCCACAGAUUAAUUUAUUGUUAAUAAGAUAAAACAUUUUAAAUAUAUGAUGUUUCAUUU